GCUCCACAGCUGGGGCCUCUCCCCAUCCAGCGGAAAGCCAUGUAUACGGUGUCACCUGUGUGCAACAGCCGCAGAACUUCACAUGAUGGUGGCUCAACAGAGGGUGCAGCUACAAUUGGUGCUGCCCACGAGCAUAGAUCCUGUACAGGGGAGGAGCAAGCAGGGCUGUGGCCUGCUGAUGUUAGGCAAUCUGUACCCUCAUUCCAGUUGGCCCCCUCACUGCCCCCACAGCGAGGGCCUCUCCCCAUCGUGCGGAGAGCUAUAUAUACAGUAUCACCUGUGUGCAACAGCAGCAGGACAUUACAUCAUGGUGGCUCAACAGAGGGUGCAGCUACAAUUGAUUCUACCCAUGAGCAUGGAUCCUGUACAGGGGACGAGCAAGCAGAGCUGCGGUCAGCUGGUGUUAGGCAACCUGUACCCCCCUCCCAGUUGGCCCGCUCAGUGCCUCCGCAGCUAAGGCGUCUCCCUAUCCCGCGGAAAGCCAUGUAUAUGGUAUCAUCUGUGUGCAACAGCUCAACAGAGGGUGCAACUGCAAUUGGUUCUACCCACGAGCAUGGAUCCAGUACAGGGGAGGAGCAAGCAGGGAUGUGGCCAGCCGGUGUUAGGCAACCUGUACCCUCAUCCCAGUUGGCCCCCUCACUGGCUCCACAGCUAGGGCCUCUCCCCAUCCAGCGGGAAGCCAUGUAUACGGUGUCACCUGUGUGCAACAGCAGCAGAACAUCACAUGAAGGUGGCUCAACAGAGGGUGCAGCUACAAUUGGUUCUGCCCACGAGCAUGGAUCCUGUACAGGGGAGGAGCAAGCAGGGCUGUGGCCUGCUGGUGUUAGGCAAUCUGUACCCUCAUUCCAGUUGGUCCCCUCACUGCCUCCACAGCGAGGGCCUCUCCCCAUCGUGCGGAGAGCUAUAUAUACGGUAUCACCUGUGUGCAACAGCAGCAGGACAUCACAUCAUGGUGGCUCAACAGAGGGUGCAGCUACAAUUGAUUCUACCCAUGAGCAUGGAUCCUGUACAGGGGACGAGGAAGCAGAGCUGCGGCCAGCUGGUGUUAGGCAACCUGUACCCCCAUCUCAGUUGGCCCGCUCACUGCCUCCACAGCUAGGGCGUCUCCCUAUCCCACGGAAAGCCAUGUAUAUGGUAUCAUCUGUGUGCAACAGCUCAACAGAGGGUGCAACUGCAAUUGGUUCUACCCACGAGCAUAGAUCCAGUACAGGGGAGGAGCAAGCAGGGCCUUGGGUAGCUGGUUUUAGGCAACCUGUACCCCCAUUCCAGUUGGCCCCCUCAUGGCCUCCACAACUAGGGCCUCUCCCCAUCCCACAGAAAGCCAUGUAUAAGCUAUCAUCUGUGUGCAAGAGCAGCAGUACAUCACAUGAUGGUGGCUCAACAGAGGGUGCAGCUACAAUUAGUUCUACCCACGAGCAUGGAUCCAGUACAGGGGACGAGCAAGCAGAGCUGCGGCCAGCUGGUGUUAGCCAACCUGUACACCCCUCCCAGUUGGCCUGCUCACUGCCUCCACAGCUAGGGCGUCUCCCUAUCCCACGGAAAGCCAUGUAUGUGGUAUCAUCUGUGUGCAACAGCUCAACAGAGGGUGCAACUGCAAUUGGUUCUACCCACGAGCAUGGAUCCAGUACAGGAUUUCCACAACACAGAACAAUGGGAGGAAUUAUGUUGACUACCAGAGAAGCACCCUGUCCAAUGCCUGCAUCCAGAAUCCAUAUGAUACCAUCGAGCAAGCCUUCAUUUGAAAACAAGCAAAAACGAAAGAGAGGAGAGUUCCCAGAACAUGAGGCAAUGAGAGGAAUUACGUUGACCAGCAGAGAAGCAGCCUGCCCCAUGACUGCAUCCAGCAUCAACAUGAAACCAAUUAGCAAGCCUUCAACUGAAUACAUGACAAAACUAAAGAGAGGAGACAUUCUGGUCCUUCGACCGUAUAAUGAAAGAAAAGCAGCUGCUGUACAAGAUGUACCUGCUGUGGAGGGCCAGUACAGAAAAGGGACGAUGAAGGAGGUAUCCGGAUUGUAUCAGAUACAGUCUCCAGUGCAGUUUCCACGACAUGAAGCAAUGAGAGGAAUUAUGUUGACCAGCAGAGAAGGAACCUGCCCCAUGACUGCAACCAGCAUCAAAACGAAACCAACUAGCAAGCCUUCAACUGAAUACAUGACAAAACUAAAUAGAGGAGACAUUCUGGCCCUUCGACCAUACAAUGAGAGACAAGCAGCUGCUGUACAAGAUGUACCUGUUGUGGGGGGCCACUACAGAAAAGCGAUGACAAGGGAGGUAUCUGCAUCGUUUCAGACACAAUCUCCAGCACAGUUUCCUCAACAUGAAGCAAUGGGAGGAAUUAUUUUGACUAACAGACAAGCAGCCUGCCCCAUGACUACAUCCAGCAUCAAUAUGAAACCACGUAGCAGGCCUUCAGUUGAAUACAUGACGAAACAAGAGAGAGGAGAGUUUCCACAACAUGAAACAAUAAGAAGAUUUAUGUUGACUAGCAGAGAAGCAGCCUGUCCUAUGACCACAUCCAGCCUCAAUAUGAAACCACCUAGCAAGCCUUCAAUGGAAUACAAGACAAAACAAAAGAGAGGAAAGUUUUCAGAACAGAGGAUAAUGGGAGUGUCUGCAUCAGCUAUGGCUGAAACAGUAUCUGCGUCCACCUUUAAUGACACAAUGCCAGGCAGGGCAUCAACUGAAUAUACUGAGAAGCAAACAGAAGGAGAGUUUUCAGAACAGAGGAUAAUGGGAGUGUCUGCAUCAGCUAUGGCUGAAACAGUAUCUGCGUCCACCUUUAAUGACACAAUGCCAGGCAGGGCACCAACUGAAUAUACUGAGAAGCAAACAGAUGGAGAGUUUUCAGAACAGAGGAUAAUGGGAGUGUCUGCAUCAGCUAUGGCUGAAACAGUAUCUGCGUCCACCUUUAAUGACACAAUGCCAGGCAGGGCACCAACUGAAUAUACUGAGAAGCAAACAGAUGGAGAGUUUUCAGAACAGAGGAUAAUGGGAGUGUCUGCAUCAGCUAUGGCUGAAACAGUAUCUGCGUCCACCUUUAAUGACACAAUGCCAGGCAGGGCACCAACUGAAUAUACUGAGAAGCAAACAGAUGGAGAAGACAAACAUGCAGAAACAAGCAGUGCCCAGCAGCCUUCACCACUGCCACCUCUUAGCAUCCUGCGGAGAUCUGAGGAAGAGUUGCUACAAUGGCCUCUCCCAACACCACAGGAUGUUGAGUACUACAUUGGUCUUCCAUUAUAUGCUAGUAGUAGUAGCUCACUGGGAGUUGCUACCGCAAUACAUACAGAUGCAGAUACAUCAGAGGAAUCCCCAACUGGAAGAGGUUAAUGCAGUGACUGGAGGGUGUUGUACAAAGGGCACAGCAUGAGGUGUGGAGCUGAAGCAUGAGUGCAGUCUAAUAACAGAUACAGUUUCUUGAGUAUAGAGAAACCCAAAACACACACUUGGAGUGAAGCCAGCAUCACAAUGAGUGUAACAGUAAUAUUUCUUUGAUUUUGUGUAGUUUACUAAUUCAUGAAAAAAUUUUAUUCAUCAUUCAGUAGAAAGCUUGCAUUUUAUUGUUCCAUAUGCCUCCACAUUUCAUCAUGUGAACACACAUGAGUUUGCUUGUUACGAUGUUUAUCAGAAAGGUUUUAAUUAUGUUUUAGCUUCUUGUUCCUUAUAGG